AACAGCGUCGACGUCAACGGCAAUGCCUGCCAGUUGCUGGACAGACAGGGGCUCAAAUGCCCACUACUGUGUGUACGGGACUUUAACGACUGUCCCAGCGCCCUCAAAGCGCCGACAUGCGCGUCCAACGAGCAGCUCUGCGACGACGGCAGGUGCCACGCCAGCUGUGAUAGCAUUAUUAACCCAUGCCUAUGCAGUCUAGCGGACGCCGACGUGGCAGCUGUGUACAAGGCGUGCCCAGCGUAUGAAAACACAGUCACCGCCAGGAACUACGAUCCGAGCAUCAAGACGGAGCAGAUCAUGUUUGUGUGCGCCCAGGCGUGGGACCUUGUACCCUCCAACUCGACGGUCGACGAUGGCUCCGGGAUCGAGUCCUGGUCGUCAGAGGCCAGCAGCGAGCGACGCAUGUGGAACGACUGCCCGACGUUGCAGGAGCCAAAACUUUCUUUUAAGGAAAGCUUUUGCAUUGCCUUUUACGCUAUUAUUGGUGCAGAGGUUGUUCUCUAUUUGCUGUGGCAUGUGUACAAGAUCUUUUGCGAGCGCCAUGCGGCUGCGAUGCGCCAGGUGUGCUCGCAGCAGCCGACCCGCCUUUUGGUGCGCAAGGGUGUCGAGAACGAUAAGGUCAGCACAAUAUUGGUCUCCUCCAAAGACCAAUCGCCUAGCGGCGGUGUGCCAGUGUCUUCGGCUGUGGAUCUGCAGAGCGGCAUGAUGCUGUUGCGUGGAUUUGAUAAUAACCUUGCCGGCAUGUCUCUCUACUACCUGGCGCUGCUGUCGACGGCCGGCUGGAUUGUUUUGCUGGCGAUUAUCGUGUCGGACUACUACGGCAAGGUCAAGGGGGGCAUCGCCUACGGGCUGCUGGCCAACUCGAACACGUCCAUGGCCGUGUUUAUUUUUGUCUGGCACUUGGGUGGAAUCUGGAUGAUCACCAUGCUGGCAUGCAUGUCGAGGCUUCGCAACUACUUCCGUAUCGAGUGCCCGCUGGCACAGGCGCGCUUGGUCCAGGUCGAGGAGCGACAGGACGAGGUCAUCAUGAUGGAGGGCAGCCAGAACCACUUGACGCUCUUGGUCAACGGAAUACGCGACGCGCUGGUGAAGCACUUCAACCUCAACAUUACCACCGAGUCGUGCCCGAUCAACCGCGUGUCCGUCGGCAACGGGCACAGUGCUAGUGAGCGUGCGUUUAUCGAGUACCACUGCACGCGGUACGUGCUGUCCGACAACGACAGUAGUGGUGGCCGCUUCCAGUGUCAUACAUUCGACCUGGGCGACACGCACCGGGCGCUGCUGGCCAACCGGGACGGGCUGAGCACCGACGAGGCACAGGAGCGUGCGUCACACAUUGGCGAGAACUUUAUCCGCGUUGCCAUCCCGUCGUUCGCAGUAGCCCUGCUGCAAGAGUUCUUCAGCUUUUUCUACUUGUACCAGAUGAUGUGCAUGUGGGUGUGGUUCUACUUCAACUACUACAAGAUGGCGCUUGUCCAGUUCAGCGUGAUCAUUGUUUCAGCAUUUAUCAAGGUUGCGAUACGGCUGCACAGCGAGCACAAGGUCAAGUCGCUGGCUGAGCACAAGAGCGAGUGCUGCGCCAAGCGCAACGGCAAAUGGGUACAGCUCAACACAGCAGAUCUCGUGCCCGGCGACGUGGUUGCUGUCGAGGCCGGCAUGGAAAUCAUGUGCGAUGGCUGCGUACUGCAGGGCGAGGUCGUCGUCGAUGAGAGCUCGCUGACUGGCGAGGCCAUGCCUGUGCGCAAGCUGCCGCUGAAGAACGACGAUAUGGCGUAUGACGCGCAGCAAGGCGUGAGCAAGGCUUACUCGGUCAUUGCGGGUACGCGCGUGCUGCAAUGCACGGGCAGCAUGCCCGAACCCGAGACGCAGAUUCUGGUCACGCAGACGCGCACAGCCACGGAUAAGGGCAAGCUGAUCCAGCGCAUCUUGUUCCCGGCGCGCUACUCGUUCGUGUUUGACGAGCAGCUGCGCGUGGCGCUGCUGAUUCUGCUGGGCUACGGCGGCGUUGGCUUUGCGCUGUCGAUCUGGCUGAUGGGCCACGAUGCGACGUCUUGGUUCUAUGGCGUGUUUGUCAUUUCGCAGAUUAUGUCGCCGCUGCUGCCCGCUGCGCUGGUCGUCGGCCAGUCUGUCGCUGCCGGCCGGCUGGGCAGCCAGAACAUAUACUGUGUCGACCUGCCUCGCAUUAUGCUGGCGGGCAAAGUGCAGGUAUUCUGCUUUGACAAAACUGGCACCCUGUCACGGCCGACGAUGGACUACUUUGCUGUGCAAGGCGUCGACAUCACCAGCGCAAAGUUCGUCGCUGAGGAGACCGACAUGUCGCGGCUGCCCAGCAUCAUGCACGUUGGUUUUGCAGCGUGCCAUGCAGUCACCAUGGUCGGCGACCAGCUUAUCGGCAACCCUGUCGAUGUCGAGCAGUUCCGUGCGACGGACUGGGAGAUCCAGCAGGGCGAGCGCGAUAGCAGCGCGUACCUCGACACGCUGAUCUCGCCGUUCCUCGAGAACAUCCACGAGGGCAGCGACAAACUCGGCCGGCAGACCAUCCAUGUAAUCAAGCGGUUCGAGUUUGUGCAUGCCCGGCAGUCCAUGUCUGUCGCGGUUCUGGACCAGGCGACAGGCCACGUGCACGUCUAUGUCAAGGGCUCCUUCGAGCGGGUCAAGCGCAUCGCCAAUGCGGCGACCAUGCCCUCCGACUACGACGCAGUCGCAGCGCAGUGGGCACGCGAGGGCUGCUACGUGCUGGCGCUGGCGCACAAGGAUCUCGGACCAGUGGCGGACCUGGGCGAUGUGACGCGGCUAUCGCGCGAAAGCCUGGAGAGUGGCUGCGACCUGGUUUCGCUCCUGCUGUUCCGCAACAAGCUCAAGGAAGACACGCCAUCGGCCAUCAUGGCGCUCAAGGCGGGUGCCACGCGCACUGUGAUGAUCACCGGCGACACUGCGCUGACUGGCGUGUACAUUGCGCGCGAGUGCGGCAUGGUUAGCCCGGCGGCGCACGUGAUCCUGGGUGAUAUGGAGCGCAGCGGCUCCGACAUGCAGCUUGUGUGGCGCGACACGGCCGACGACGUCGUUGUGGACAACGUUGACAAGCUGCUGUAUGACGAGCGCCGCACGCCGAUGAUUGAGCUGGCUGUGACAGCUGCUGCCUUUGACUAUCUGAUGGCGACGAAUGCCAUCCGGAAAUACCUCUUGGACAUCCGGAUUUUUGCGCGCAUGACGCCCCAGGGCAAGGUCGACUGCGUGCAGCUGCACAUGGAGCGUGCGAUCACGGCGAUGUGCGGCGAUGGCGGCAACGACUGUGGUGCGUUGAGGGCCGCCCAUGUGGGCAUCGCGCUGUCUGACUCCGAGGCGUCGAUCGUGUCGCCGUUCUCGACAAGCAACCGGUCGAUCCACUCGUGUGUCACGCUCCUGCGCGAGGGCCGUGCGGGGCUGGCCACGUCGGUUGCAGGCUACAAGUUCCUAAUCAACUAUGCCACUACGAUGAGCAUGCUUGAGAUUGUGCAGUUCUAUUUCUCGGUCAUUGUGCCGCAGAAUGUCUGGAUCAUGGUUGACUCGUUUAUCACUGUCGGCUUGUGCAUUGCGCUGACGCAGGCGCAGACUGCUCGGACGCUGGCUCCCACCCGCCCGACCGCGCGCCUGAUCGGGGCUCGGACGCUGGCAUCGAUUUGGGGUCAGACCGUGCUCAACUACUCUUUCUUAUAUGGAAUCAUGGGUCUUUUGUUCCGCCAAUCGUGGUUCCGCUGCCGUGAGUUUGACAGCCGCGAUAUUGACACCAGCCUGUGGUGGCUUCUGGGCGACAACUAUGAGGCGGCAAUCAUCUCCAUCGUCUGCAUGUUCCAGUUUGUCAACGGCGCUGCUGUCUACAAUUUCGGACAUUACUUCCGGCGCGGAUGGGCAACCAACUACGUUCUGGUUGUUCUGUAUUGCGGGUUCAUGGCGGCCAUAUCGAUUAUAACGCUGGCCGAUCCCAACCGAUUCAGUUGCCUGUUCCGCAUCAACUGUGGUAACCCAGACACUCUGGUCGACCUUGGAUACUCGCGCCCGUCGUGGGGCAUUUCGGACUACAACAAUCCUACGGGCCAUAAUGUCAUCCCGCAGAAAUUCCGCUGGACCCUGUGGGCUCUGUGUGUGACAAACAUUGUUCUGUGCUUGCUGUGGGAGAAGCUUGUCGUUGUGGGCCCUGUGGGCCGCCUGGCUAAACGCUGGUGGGUGAAGCACAGAGGCGAUGACAAGCUCAAGGUCAAACUUUGA